CGCUCCCCGAGCGGCUGUGCCGGCAGGGGGGAGGCGGAGGGUCUGGUGCCACCGCCGUUCUUCGCUCUCUGGCGAGGGACAAAUGGAGGCUCAGUGGCGUCAGGGCGGCCGGGGCCGCGGCCGCGCCAGGCCCGGGGACGAGCUCGCCGCUCGCUCCGGGGCGGCCGCCCGGCCCCCGGCGGCGAGGGGCCGCGGCGCUGCCCGCGCUGCGGCCGCGGGGGCUGUCGGCGAGGGGGCCAGCGAAUUAUCUUCACUGAAGAAAUUUGAUGAAAUUAAGAAGGCUAAUCAGGCUGCAGCAAAAAAGCUAGUUGAAGACCAGUUAAGCUCCUCAUCUGAAGAUGAUGAUGAAGAUGCUGAAGUAAAACAAGGGAAGAUCUUGGACAAAACAUUUACCAUUUACACCAGUCAAACUGAUGGAGAUGCAAGUGAACUGGAACGUACAAGACAGUACAUGAAUGAGGCUUUUCAGUCAGGGGCCAUGACAUGUCUCAUCUGCAUUGCUUCAGUUAAAAGGAACCAAGCUGUCUGGAGCUGUUGUGGAUGCUUUUGUAUAUUUCAUCUUGUGUGCAUCCAAAAGUGGGCCAAGGACAGCCUCUUCCUUGUAUCUUCUCCUUUGACAGAUGAUGAUUUUGGGAAGAAAGAUUAUCCCUGGCCAUGUCCAAAAUGUAGGUUUGAAUACAAACGCUCUGAAACUCCCAGUAGGUAUUACUGUUACUGUGGGAAAGUGGAGAAUCCAACAGUGGACCCAUGGCUUGUACCUCACUCCUGUGGUCAAAUAUGUGAGAAGGAAUUCAAACCUUCCUGUGGUCAUAAAUGUUUGCUGCUUUGUCAUCCAGGACCAUGUCCACCUUGCCCAAAGAUGGUCACAACAACCUGUCACUGUAAGAAAGCCAAAGCAGUGCCCCGAAGGUGCAGUGCCAAGGAGUGGUCUUGCCGCCUGCCGUGUGGACGAACAUUGCUAUGUGGACAGCAUACUUGUGAGAAUCCCUGUCAUGCAGGAGAUUGUCCUCCUUGUCCACGUGUCAGUAAACAACGGUGUAUCUGUGGGAGACAGACAGCAGAGAGACUAUGUGCAAGCCCUCAGUGGCAGUGUGAGCAGGUGUGUGGGAAACGUUUGCCAUGUGGCAAUCACACAUGUGAAAAAGUUUGUCAUGCUGGUCCCUGUGGAGACUGUCCUCGUUCUGGGAAAAGAUCCUGUCCAUGUGGAAAAACAAAGUUUACAUUGCCUUGUACAGAAGAUGUGCCCACUUGUGGUGAUAGUUGUGACAAAGUUCUGGAAUGUGGCAUCCAUAAAUGUUCACAGCGCUGUCAUCGGGGUCCCUGUGAAAUAUGCAGACAGGAGGUUGAAAAGCAGUGUCGCUGUGGGAAGCACACCAAGCGCAUGCCGUGCCAUAAGCCAUAUCUGUGUGAAACAAAGUGUACUAAAAUCCGUGACUGUCAGAAGCACCAGUGCCGGAGGAAGUGCUGUCCUGGAAACUGUCCGCCUUGUGAUCAAGUCUGUGGGCGGACUCUUGGCUGCAGAAAUCACAAAUGUCCUUCAGGCUGCCACAGAGGUAGUUGUAAUCCAUGUCCGGAGACUGUAGAUGUGAAAUGCAAUUGUGGAAAAACUGUCAUUAAAGUGCCCUGUGGCAGAGAGAGGACCAUCAAACCUCCCAGAUGCAAGCAGCUGUGCAGUCGGCCACCUACCUGUCACCAUUCUACCCAGGAGAAACACUAUUGUCACUUUGGGCGGUGCCCUCCGUGUCGCCAGCCCUGCCAGAAAACCUUAACGUGUGGUCAUUUGUGCCCUGUUCCCUGCCAUGACGAAGCACUUGUGAAGCAAACCGGUGUACAUCAGUCUGCAGGGCCUUGGGAACAGCCAUCUGAGCCAGCCUUCAUUCAGACUGCACUACCGUGCCCUCCCUGUGAGGUUCCUAUACCAGUGGCAUGUCUUGGACAGCAUGAGGUUAGUCUGUUACCAUGUCACUCUGCAAAUCCCUACUCAUGUAAGAGAUUAUGUGGACGACUUCUUAAUUGUCAGAAUCAUACCUGUAUGAAAGAAUGUCAUCAUGUUACUAAAUCAAACAGUAGUUCAGAUGGAAAGAAGGCGGGUCCAGAAUGUUCGCAGUGUGAAGAGGAGUGCACCAAGCCCCGGCUACCUGGCUGUCCUCACCGAUGUGUUUUACCCUGUCAUCCUGGGAAUUGCCCAUCAUGUCUCCAGAUGCUUAAAAUAAAGUGUCACUGCAAACUAUCAGUACUGUAUAUUGAAUGCUUAAAACUAACAUCUGCUGAUUUAAAAGAAAAGGAGCUUCUUGUUUCCUGCAGAAAUCAGUGUCCAAAAGAGUUGCCCUGUGGUCACCGGUGUAAAGAGAUUUGCCAUUCAGGUAGCUGUCCAGUUAACUGCAGUCAGAAAGUUAAACUCCGGUGUCUCUGUAAGAGACUGAAAAAGGAAGUACAGUGCAGCAAGAUACAAGAAGGCCAAGCUUCACUGGAAUGUGAUGCAUUAUGCAAGGAAAUGAAGCGGAAAGCAUAUGAGAUAAAAGAAGCAGAAGCCAAAGCUGCUCUUGAAGAGGAGAAGCGAAGACAGCAGGCUGAACUGGAAGCUUUUGAAAACAGAUUAAAAGGGCGAAGAAAGAAUAAGAGAAGGAAGGAUGAGGUAGAAGUUGAACAAUCAUCAUGGCAAAAGUACAAGAACCUCAUUAUGCUGCCAGUGUUCGGAGUUGCCGUUGUGAUGGUUGCAUGGCUCAUGGUCUACAAUGACUGAAAACAACUCAAUAUUUAAUAUACCUCAGUUGGACUUUAGGUAGCUACUAUUCCUAGAAUGUUAAUCUGUGUGUAACAGAAUUUAAUAAGCAUAGAUAAUGUAUGUAUACUAUUUGCUAAGAAAAAUGCAGAGGAGGGAAGAAAUGUCACCUUUUGUGUUACUACAUUCACAGCACAAAACUGAAGUCAGACACUGAAAGUAAUAGUAGAUUCUAGUCUACACUGAAGUGCUGAUAGUUUGACUGAGAUUUCUUAACACCUAUUAUUCUGUUAUUUUUCCUUGUCUCCAUUUCAUAAUAUUAAGAAUAGCUUAGUAUAAAAUGAUUUAUUGAAUAUGUUUCCUGUAAAAUCAACUUAGUUGUUUAUUGAAGGUUAGUGUUCUUAGGCUAAUCUUUGUUGUAUCACACAAUAAUUUCUAUGCUUUGAACUGAUUGACAGCUAACAGGGAACCUUGGGUCACUGAGGCUUGAAUGUUCUGGGGCCUUCUUGUUCAGAUAAAGGAAAUGUGAACUAUCUUCCAAUUCAGCUGUAUCACAAACAAAACAGUGGCCCCCCUUACAAACUGUGGGAUUUGAUUUUUUUGUUAUUUCACCCUGCCCCUUCCCACCCUUGUUUCCUCAAAACUGAACUAACUGAAAAGUUCUUUUAGUGGACAGAUACAUAUGCUGAACAUGGAUGUGAAGAAGUUUUAGGGUGCAGGGCUACAUUCUCACUGUUGCUCCAACUUCCAGCAGCAGAAAAACAAUUUGAAAUUAAACUUAGGGGUAUCAAUUGACCAUUUGUAUGGAUAAAUGUCAGAAUUGGAUAUUUGCAGAAGUGUGCAAAAAUGUAAUUGGACAGUCUAACAAUACAGUUAUAUGAUGUUCUGAAGCCAUUUGGAUGGUGCUUGGUAGUGACAUUUAAAGCCAUCUAGCUAAACUUCCAAAUGUUUAAAUAUUGUCUUAUUGACCGUUUUGAAUGCCUUGCUUUAGGUUAUCAGUAUUGGUUGGUAGAGCUGGAAGGUUUUUAUCUGGCUUCAGGGUUAUCGGAGAAGCUAUGUAGUCUCAGCUGAGAGUCUGCAAGUUAAAUACGGGAAUUGGGAAAUCAGAAAACGGAAUUUUUAAACCUCUGCUAGAAACUUUUUGCUGAUACUUGAGCAUUGCAGGUUACUGCAAAGUGAUUACAAACUCCUGCAAAAAAUGGGGUGCGUGGCCAACAGGUAUUGGUAUUAUGCCUUUGUAAUUCAGGCGUAUAAUUUUAUCACCAAUCCUGCAAAAGCAGUGGGACCAUUUGUAUGAGUUAGCAGAAAAUAUUGCAGUUUGCUUGAAAGCUCUUCUGGUUGAUUUUGAUUUACCUGUGAAGGGACCAAGUAUUAAUUUGAACAGAACUGUAAUUCUGUUUUACGAUCAGAAUUGUAAUUCUGAUUUAGCAGCAAGAAAAUGAAGUAGAAAAGCUGAAAGAAGGCAGAAGCUUUUGAUUACAUAGAUUAAGAAAACAGGGAUAAAAUUAGUUUCUUUUCAAUUUUUCACAGAAGUUUGAAUGAGGAGAAAGGUGGGGAAAAGUUGGCAAUAUUUAGCAUGGAUUGAUGCUCUUCUAUAGUAUUUUGUUUUUAAAUUAAAUUUUAGAGAUGCAUAUUAUUUAUGUGUCUGACCAUUAGUAUUCUAAUUGUAGAAUUAAUUGAAAUUACACUGUGCAAAUUUGCAUUUCUAUUGAAUUUCUUCUAGUAUAAAAGGUAAACAUUGUUUCAUAUAGUUGCUUUAACUUUAUUUCUAUCAUAUUAAUGCCUGGAAGAUAAUUUAAGAUAUAAGUAUGUUUUCUUUAACAAGAAUGAGGUGAUGCUAUUGUGUGACUGCAUAUGUCAGUAACUCUUCUGUCACUAAGGAAAAAGGAGAGAGAUUUCUCUUCAGAGGAAAUGACAUAUGAUGAGUUAUCCGAAAGUACAAAAAGAUACCUUUCUGCCUGAAAUAUGGAAGUCAACAUGAAUGAGAACAUUGUGGAAACAGCUUUUAUCUUGCAUGACUAUCACUAAUUUUUCUAUUUACUGCUGGCUUUAAAAUAAGUACAAUGGAAAGUUUAUCCUUGCUUCUACAGCAAAGAGAAUAAACCUCUCUCUAGUGGGUUAUACUAAUUAACUGCACUUGUUACAUGUUUGAAGAAGUUCUUAGUAUUCUUUUCUGCAUAUUUGUGGGAAAUACUAGAGAGGAAAAGGCUUCUCAUUGUCCAUCUUCAUUAAAGAUUGCCAUGCUUUCUUACUAUACAGAUUCAUUCUGUUAAUACAAAUAUAUGUGUGAGUGGGCAUAUUCCCUUUCUUAAAGGAUUUGUAUCUCUUCUGAACCUUGCAUAUGCAAGGCAUACCUAUUUUUGCAGUUUUAUUCAAAAUAGUUCUAUAUAUCUUAUCCAACCAUCUGGGUCAUUUGCACUCUGUUGUUCUGCCUGCUGAACCAGAUAUUUAUUUCUUGGCAUAAAAAAAAGUGUGGGGGUUCAAGCAAUCUGCAGUUUAAUAAUCACUAGGUUUUUGUUUGUUUCUUUAAAAUAUUUUUACAGUUAAUAUUUUGCCUUUCUUUGGUUGGAGCUGCAUGUUGACAACAACCUUUGAAGUAAAAGGUACAGAUAAAAUCACCUUUUAUUCAAUAUUAAUAAAAGAUGGUAAUUUUAGGGAAGAAAUUUUGAACUAAAGGUAGGGUUUGGGAGCAGUUGAUAUGUAAUGUACUGUUACAUAAUGUAAUGAGCAAAUAUUUUGGAUGUUAACAUCUUACCAAAAAAUGCAUAUUGAUCAGUAUACAUUAAAACAAAUUACAUAAUCUGACCUGCUGUUGAAGGGAAAUUACAGCAAUAGAAGGCUGAUGAUGACUUAAUACAAAUAAUAUUUAGCUAUGUGUAAAAUGAAAAAAACUUGGGGCUUUUCCUGAUUCUGGAUGCAUUGUGGUGAAAAUUUGUCCUUCCACUGAGUCAAGAUUCUUAUAACUGGUCAGUAUGUUUGGGAUUGGAAACUCCUAGGGCAAGUUUUUUUCCCUGUAACAAUAUCAAAUCCAUUGUGUGUGUUAAUUUAAUGUAAAAACCAAGUCAGACAAUAAAUGUAUCAAAAAAAACCUUGAAAAA